AUGAAGUUUACUAAAGAAAAACAACCAGAGGUUGAUCUAAAUUCUAAGAUCACCGAAAACUAUGGGUUGGACGGCUCCAACUCUUUGAGCACGUCCAGUGAAGAACAGCCAUCCAAGGAAGAAAAUGCUGGUGACCAGCAGAAGAGUAUUGAUGUUCACCGUACGUUGGAAUCCCGUCACAUUCAGCUUAUCAGUAUUGGUGGUUCGAUUGGGUCCGGGCUUUUCAUCACGAUUGGGACUUCGGGGUUGGUCAACGCUGGGCCCUUGGGGCUUUUGCUUGGUUAUACUUUUUGGACUUGUGUGAUUCUUUCGUUGACGGUUUCCACUGCAGAAAUGGUUUGCUACUUGCCGGUGAGUUCUCCCUUCUUGACCAUGGCCGGGAGAGUGGUUGAUCCUGCCUUUGAGUGUGCUGCGUCGGUGAAUUUCUGGUUUAUGCAAUCGAUUUAUAUUCCUUUUGAAAUCACCGCGGUCAACACCAUGAUUCACUACUGGAGAGAUGACUACUCUCCGGCCAUCACGGUGUGUAUUCAGAUUGUCAUUUAUAUUCUUUUGAAUGUGUUUGCCGUGAAGGCGUAUGGGGAAUCCGAAUUCUGGUUAUCCAUUGGUAAGUUGUUAUUGUGUAUUGCUUUGUUGUUUUUCACCUUGAUCACCAUGUGUGGAGGGAAUCCUAAACACGAUGCUUUUGGGUUCCGUUACUGGCACGCUAAAGGGGGCCCCAUUGCUGAACAGAUCACCACCGGGGGCAUUGGCCGCUUACACGGUUUCAUGUACGGGUUGAUUUCCGCUUGUUUCACCGUGGUUGGUCCUGAAUAUAUGUCGAUGGUUGCUGGUGAAGCCAGAAACCCUCGUAAAAACAUGAAGACCGCUUUCAAAACCGUCUUGUAUCGUUUGGCUCUUUUCUACAUUGGUGGGGCUUUGUCGGUAUCGAUCUUGAUUGCUUAUAACGACCCUACUUACUUAGAAAAAGCCGAUUCCUCAAGUGGUGCUGGUUCUCCUUAUGUGGUGGCUAUGACUAAUAUGAAUGUUAAGGUUUUCCCCCAUAUCGUUAAUGCCAUUAUUGUUACUUCGGCUUUCUCUGCUGGUAACUCUUAUACUUAUUGUUCUUCUCGUGCCUUGUAUGGUUUGGCCUUACGUGGUUUUGCUCCUAAAUUCUUUAAAUGGUGUACUAAAGGUGGUGUUCCAAUCUACUGUGUUGCGGUCUCCAUCUGUUUCGCCAUGCUUUCGUUACUACAAUUGGGUUCGGGUUCCGCCUCGGUCUUGACCUAUUUGGUUAACUUGUGUACUGGUUCUCAAAUCUUGAAUUAUGGGUUCAUGUGUAUUACCUACAUUUGUUUCUACCGUGCUGUUAAAGCUCAAGGCUUGGAUCGUCACACUUUCCCUUACCGCUCCUAUUUACAACCUUAUACCAUUAGUUUUGCUACUUUUUUCAUCUGGAUUAUGAUUGGGUGUAUUGGUUAUAAAUGCUUAAUGCCUGGCAGAUGGUCCGUUGACGAAUUCUUAUAUAAUUAUGUCAUGAUUUUCGUUAGUGCUUUUGUCUUUAUUGUUUGGAAACUCUGGAAAAAGACUAAAUUUAUUAAAGCCUCCGAAGCUGACUUAUCCUCCGGUUUGGAAGAUAUCGAAGAACAUGAAUAUAACUACUACGCCGAAAUGGAAGCCAAUGAAAAAUCAGAAGGCAAAUUCUCUAACAUUAUGAAAUGGAUCUUUUAG